AUGGAGGCGGCAAUGGUGAGCGCCUUCUCAGGGGCAAUGGGAUCGGUCCUCUCCAAGCUCGCCGGCUUGCCGGAGAAGGACUUCAAGCUGGCUAGAGGUGUGAAGGAGGACAUCGUCUCCCUGAGAGACGAGAUGAGCACCAUCAACGCUUCCCUCAUGGAGCUGUCUCAGAUGGAGGAACCAAUCGACGAUCUGCAUAGGGAGCUGCGUGCCAAGGUGCGUGAGCUGGCCUACGACAUGGAGGACUGCCUGGACAUCUCCAUGCACCGCCUCGGCGACCCUAGUAAGGCCGGGUUUCUGCGCGAGCUCAAGUCGCUCAGAGCGCGCUGUGAGAUCGCCAAGCUGAUCAGUGCGCUCAAGGCUCGAGUGGCGCAACUAGGCAAUCGACACAAGCUGAUCCUCCAGCUGCCCGAGCGUCCUCGCGCUGUGUGCGUCGACCCUAGGAUACGGGCGCUGUACCAAGACCCUGCCAGCCUUCAAGGCAUCGGCGGCCACAGGGAGAAGGUCGUGGAGGAGCUCCAGGAUGGUGCACCCCAGCUGAAGGUGGUGUCCAUCCUGGGGACCGGAGGGAUUGGCAAGACAACUCUCGCCAACCAGGUUUACACUGCCAUCCAAGGCAAGUUUGACUGCACCGCUUUUGUAUCGGUGUCCCGAAUCCCAGAUUUCGCCAAAAUCUUGUCAGAUAUAAUCCAACAGUCUGGGUGGUAUUCUACAAGCCAAGAUGAUGAGAACGAACUCAUCAGUCGGCUCCGUCGACGUCUUCAAAACGUAAGGUACCUUAUUGUUAUUGAUGAUAUGUGGACAAUAGAAGCAUGGAACACUAUCAAGUGCUGUUUUGUGGAGAAUAAUUGUGGUAGUAGGGUUAUAACAACUACACGUAUUGAAGAUACAGCUAAGUCAUGCAGUUCUAGCUUCCAUGGCUAUGUCUACAGGAUGGAACCUCUUAAUGAUGUUGACUCAAGGAUAUUAUUUCACAAAAGGAUUUUUCAUUCAGAAGAUGGUUGUCCGCAGCAUCUAAAAUGUGUUUCCAAUGAAAUUUUAAAGAAAUGUGGAGGGUUGCCACUAGCAAUACUUACCAUAGGCAGCAUUUUGGCGAAUCAUCAGGAUGUUGGUUCGACGGAAAUCUGGGAGAAGAUAGUGCAUUCCUUUCGUUUCCAGAUGGAAAGAAGCCCGGCUUUUGAAUGGCUGAGACAUGUGUUUAAUCUUGGCUACAAUGAUUUAUCUCUAGAACUCAAGACAUGCAUGCUAUAUCUUGGAAUUUUCCCAGAAGAUUGCAAAAUAGUUAAGGAUGAUUUGUUGAGGCGAUGGAUAGCUGAGGGUUUUGUUACUGAAAAGCAUGGUGACAUCCAAGAGGAGAUUGCAGAGAGUUACUUCAAUGAACUAAUUAACAGAAAUAUGAUUCAAAUAGCUGAGUUCGAUGACUGCGGGGAAGUAUUUUCUUGUCGAGUGCAUGAUCUAUUGCUUGACUAUAUCAUAAUCAAGUGCACAGACCAUAACUUCGUCACUAUAGUUAAUGACCAACAAAGCACAAAAGGCCCUUUGGAUGUUCGUCGGCUAUCCCUUCAUGUCAAGCACUCAUCAGAAAGAAAUGGCGUUCUGGAGAACAUGGCUCUGACCCAGGCUAGGUCAUUUAACUUCUGCGGGCCUGCCCAAUGGCUGCCUUCUCUGACAAAAUUUCGACUUCUGCGAGUUUUAAAUCUUGAUAUCAAUGGUUCCAUGGAUAGGCGGUACGACAUGUCCUGUAUACACAGUUUGUUCCAACUGAGAUAUCUGAGAACCAACGGAAUUGGCAGUAAUAAGAAACUGCUAACACAACUGCGCAAGCUAGAACAACUGAAGACACUGGAGGUGGCCAGAGAAGAUGGUUAUUUCGUUCUGGAUGCUCAGAUGUUACCCUCGACGUUGUGGCAUCUGAAUCUUCCGGCUAUUGUGAAGCUGGCAGGUGGGAUCGGCCAUUUGACAAACCUCCGUACAUUAAGUGAGUUCGAAAUAGAACUCAGAGAUGUGGGGAGAAUGAAGGAGCUCGGCGAGCUGACUAAUCUCAGGGAGCUAAAGCUAUUUCAGUGUUCAUAUGGUGUGGGAGACACUAGUGAAGUUCUACUCUCUUCCCUCUGCAAACUCGUCAACCUUCGGUCCAUAGUCGUCCGCAGUGGAGGCCUCGAAGAAGAUGUCUUGGCUCGUUGGUCGCCGCCUCCGCGACAUCUCCGCCGUCUACAUGUGCUGGAAUGCAUCUUCUCUACCAUCCCAGCUGAUUGGAUCACCCACCUUCAUAACCUCGGCAGCUUGGAGAUCGAGGUCCGGUCGCUGCCAAGCGAUGGCAUUGUCGUUCUCGCCAGGCUCACCUUGCUGGUGCACCUCAGACUUCACGUCGAGGAGCGUGUGCCCCAAGAAGGCUUCGUGGUUUUCCACCGCGUGGCGUUCCCAAAUCUCCGGGAGUUGUGGUUCCGAUGGGAGGCGCCUUGCCUUGUGUUCGAGGCGGGAACCAUGCCGAGGCUUCGGAGCCUGGUUAUAGAUUGCUAUGCGAAAGGGGCGCGGCAAGCCGAUGGUGUGCUUGACGGCAUCCAGCAUCUUGGUAGCCUCGUGGAGUUUAAGGUACAUGUUUACGAGCGCGAGGGCUACAUUUCCAGGUUGUUCCUUUGCGCCGACCUUAAGAGACCACUAGUGGAGGAGCAACGGAGGUGGGACGAGACAAGCCUGAAGGCUGCGCUCAAGGAGGCCAUCAGCAAGCAUCCGGGAAGCCUUCGCGUUGUCAUCGAAGAUAUGUAG